ACAGAGAGAAAGCUGAUACAUGCAAACUGACUCCAUAGAGCUUAACAACCUCGGAAAUUUCCCCCCAGGUUGCCAACGCGCUACAGAUAAGACAGCUGAGAGGUCAGUUUGGACCAAUGCAACAAGAAAGUAGAUUCCAAGCGAAGGUUACAUGUACUUGGAUGAUAACAUCAAGAUUGUCCCUUCCACUCAAAAGCAGUAUAUAAGGACAAGAGUGACAAAAGGAUCUCCCCCUUAGACAGAGUUGUGAAAGUUCGAGGACGGAUGAGGAGGUUUUUGAUCCCUUCGGAAAGUUCAUCUAGUCUUCAAUUCUAAGAACUAAACGCUUGGAGCAAGCAGAAGAGUCUCCUCGAAAGGAUGUUAGGACACGCAAAAUGUUCUCUGCUUCGCCGACUCUUUCGAAUGCCCAGUGAGCUCAAACAACUUUCACAACACAUACCAGCAGCUGCAGGCGUUCCGGUCCGUGGAAUGCAGCAGAACGUGCAUUCAAAAAGAAAGCCGUUCCAUCUCGAGGAGCCGAAAAUCCGGUCCGAGUUUGAUUUGGCAGGAAGGAGCACGUACCUGCGGGUUAAUGUUGAGGCCAUCUGGCACAACAUAAAGACACUCAAGUCGAGGUGCUCGGACCACACUGAGGUGAUUGCUGUCGUCAAAGGUAACGCUUACGGCCACGGGAGUGUCGGUGUCUGCAAAUACCUCCGGAAAUGCGGAAUUCGACACUUCGCCGUUGCCACUGCCUUGGAGGGGCGAGAACUCAGGGAACAUGGAAUGGACGGACUUAUCCAGGUGUUUGGCUUGCGACAGUCAAGACAUCCCAGUUCACAGCAUAAUGACCCACUUUGCCCAGUCGUGGGACGACCCAGAGUUUACACAAGGACAGCUGGACAAAUUCCUAAAGGCAGCCGCGCCCUUCAGGGUAAAAAAACCAGAAUGGAUAGCCACGUUCAGUUUCGGUUACGCUGACGGAUACAACAGACUUCUCUCCGGCUCAGGGUGCCUCACCGACGAACAAGGAAAUGCUUUCCCUGUCGUUGGUCGGGUUUCUAUGGACGCUAUUACGGCGAAAGUCGACGAGAACGUCACGCAAGACACUGUGUUUCAUGUCAUCAGAAAUGACUAUACCUCUCCAAAUUCUGCCAGCAAUAUGGCCGACACUCUUCGGACAAUCCCUUACGAAAUCGGUACCAGUCUCGCUGCUCGCCUUCCCAGGUUGUUUGUUACUUCUGAUGACGAUUUCUCUCAGGAAAAACCCGAUGUGUACUAUUGACUGUGAUUUUGUGUUACUGUAAUAACAAUUUUGAUAUGCUGCUGUUCCCUUUAUAAAACCCAUUGUAUUAUUUAAA